AUGGCGGCAGAGGCGGGCGGCGCCGCGGGGAAGCGGCGGAUCAUGUGCGUGGGGCUGGUGUGCCUGGACAUCAUCAGCGUCGUGGAGACUUUCCCGGCCGAGGAUUCCGACACCAGGUGCCUGUCACAGCGGUGGCAGCGGGGCGGGAACGCCUCCAACUCCUGCACGGUGCUGGCGCUGCUGGGAGUCCCCUGCGCCUUCAUGGGCUCGCUGGCCCCCGGCCCUGCCGCUGAUUUCAUCGCGGCGGAUUUCCAGCGCCGGGGUGUGGACACGGCACACGUGGCCUGGCAGCCCCGCGGAGAAGUGCCCUGCGCCUGCUGCCUCGUCAACGCCCGCAGCGGCUCCCGCACCAUCGUCCUGCACGACACGAACCUGCCUGACGUGACAGCCCGCGACUUCGAGCGGGUCGACCUUUCCCAGUACAAGUGGAUCCACUUCGAGGCCCGGAACGCGGCGGAGCAGGGCGCGAUGCUGGAGCGGGUGGAGCGGCACAACCGGGCGGCGGCGCCGGGACAGCGGGUCCGGAUCUCGGUGGAGCUGGAGAAGCCGCGGGAGGAGCUGCUGCCGCUGAUGGGGCGGGGACACGUGGUGUUCAUCAGCAAGGACCUGGCCCGGCACUUCGGGUACCAAUCAGCCCCCGCAGCCCUGCAGGGACUGCGGGGACACAUCCAGCCAGGGGCCACGCUGAUCUGCGCCUGGGCUGAGGAGGGGGCUGAUGCCAUGGGGCCUGACGGGAAGCUGGUGCACUCAGACGCCUUCCCCCCAGAGACCCUUGUGGACACACUGGGGGCUGGGGACACUUUCAAUGCCGCCGUCAUCUUUGCGCUCGCAGAAGGGAGGACCCUGCAGGAUGCCCUCACCUUUGGCUGCCAGAUCGCGGGCAGGAAAUGUGGGAUCCACGGCUUCGAUGGCAUUGUCUGA